AUGUCCAACCACGUGGAUACUGUUGAUCUCAGCCUCAUUGAGGCUCCAGUCACCUGGCGCGCCUACAUGAUCUGUGGCUUUGCAAGCUUCGGAGGCAUCCUUUAUGGCUAUGACUCUGGCUACAUCAGUGGUGUCCUUGGCAUGGACUAUGUCAAGGAGCACUUUGGGCACCACGUUCCCAAGAGUGAUGAUUCCCCUGCCGGUUUUGAGAUUGCGACUUCGCGCAAGUCUCUCAUCACCUCUAUCCUGUCUGCUGGUACCUUCCUCGGUGCAAUCCUUGGUGGUGCCGUGGCUGAGAUGAUUGGUCGUCGCCUGGCUAUCAUGCUAUCCUGCUUGAUCUUUUCCAUUGGAGUUGCGGUUCAGGUUGCUACCACCUCCGUUGGUGUUCUUGUGGCAGGUCGUCUGGUUGCUGGUCUUGGAGUCGGUGGUGUCUCCUCUGUUGUCAUUUUGUAUGUCUCCGAAAUCAGUCCCCGACGUGUCCGUGGUUUGCUUGUUUCCAUGUAUCAAUGGGCGAUUACUAUCGGUUUGCUCGUGGCUUCUGGCGUUGAUCAAGCCUGCAAGAACCGAACCGACUCGACCUCUUACCGCAUCCCCAUUGCUCUUCAGUUCAUCUGGGCCAUCAUUCUUGCCGCUGCUAUCCAGGCCGAGCUCGCGGAAAUCCAGGCCAACUAUGAUUAUGAGAAGAGAAUUGCCAGCACUUCCUGGGCUGAUUGCUUCAAGGGUGGUAUGUCGCCUCGCGGCAACCUCCGUCGCGUUAUUGCGGGCACUGCCUUGCAGAUGUUCCAGCAGUGGACUGGGAUCAACUUCAUUUUCUACUACGGAACCACCUUCUUCCAGCAGGUCGGCUUGCAGAACCCUUUCCAGAUUUCGACUAUUACAAACGUUGUCAACGUUGUCACCACCCCCGCCUCAUUCUACAUGGUUGAGAAGUACGGACGUCGUACUCUACUGAUUUGGGGUGCCGUUGUUAUGUGCAUUUGCGAAUACAUCAUCGCAAUCGUUGGUGUUGCUUCUCCUGACGGACACGCAGCAAACACCUGUCUCAUAGUGUUUGUCUGCUUCUACAUUGCCGCGUUUGCCACCACCUGGGGCCCUGCAGCUUGGGUCGUCAUUGGCGAAAUCUACCCCCUUCCCAUCCGAGCCAAGGGUGUUGCCCUCGCUACAGCUUCGAACUGGUUGUGGAACUGUGUCAUCGCCGUCAUCACUCCCUAUUUGGUUGACAAGGAAUACGGCAACUUGAAGUCAAAAGUCUUCUUUGUCUGGGGUAGCGCACUCUUCCUCUGUCUUUUGUUUGCCUUCUUUGUUAUUCCUGAGACCAAGGGUCUCACUCUGGAGCAGGUUGACAAGAUGCUGGAGGAGUCUAGCCCUCGCACCAGUGCCAAGUGGUGCCCUCAUGAUACUUUUGCUCACGAGAUGGGCAGCGCGCAGUUCGGUCCCGGCAUCGAAGAGCAGAAGUCCACUGCCCUUCACUCUGAUAAGGCUGUUCACGAGGGAUCUCUAGAGCGCCGCCGUCUUAACGAAUGUUAA